AUGAUGUCGCUACCAAGGCUAUUAGCCCAAGUGCUCUUUUUGGGCACACAAAUCGUAGGAAAGGCAUUCGCAGAAGCAGGAAGGCAAGCUGUUCGUAAUGCUAGGGCAGGAAGGGUAGACGCCGGUGCAGCUGGAAUGGCAGGAAAUGCGUCAACGGGAAAUAGCAUAACAGAUGGACUAACGAGGGCACACAGGAUGACAUUAGAUGAAGCAAGAAUGAUUCUAAACCUGAAAACUGCCGGAGAAACUGAAAAGGAAGCUUUGCUAAAGAAUUACGAACAUCUUUUCGCAACAAAUGCUCCACCUGCACCUAAAGGAAAACAGGGAGGAGGUAGCGGAAGCUUUUAUGUUCAAUCAAAAAUCGUUCGUGCUCGUGAAAGAUUGGAAGCAGAAUGGAGAGAAGCAGCAAAGAGAGCCGAAGAAAGGAAUGCAGCUCCUGAACAACCGAAAGAGGGCGGACACGAUGGCUCUGGACCUUCAGCACCUCAAUAAAGAAGUAGUCAGCAAUUAUCCUCGCCACUCCAAUCUUCUUGGGCAAAUAUCUUCCAUCUGUACUUUAUUCGUGUUACACCCUUACGCACCAUCAUCAAUCACAACUCUAGACUCUUGUACUAAAAGAAGGACGAACAUAUCGUGCUCUAUUUUGAAUAAAUAAUACUGAUAUCAUAAUUGU